AUGGCUGACCGAAUUACGUCUUCUACCCAAUCCGAGAACAACACAUGCGCCUCACCUAUCGCUAGGCCUACGCCGAUAGCUCGAGCAAUGAUAGAUGGAUCUGUUCCUACUGGCUUCGUCGCUUCAAGGGUCAAUGAGAUCAACAUGGCGAUUCCGUAUGCCUACACUACCGGGUCGACCAGUUCACCUGUGCCAGUCCCUCCUGACGCGCCACAAGAUCAAGGGCGACAAGCAGGCCUCGAAUCACCAACUACACACCUCUCAGCUACUCGUUAUCGUCGGCGGAGUGCAAACAACCACAAUCCUCUGCCCUCCCAGAUUGAGAGUAGAUCUCCCCGGAUCUCACUUUCUCGAUAUCGACCUGUGGCAUGUGGGAGGCAAAUCUCAACCCCUGCGAUCUCAUCUGCAAUGGAUAAUGUAACCCAAGGAGAUGCAUCUCGUCGAGUCUCUAUGCCACUGCCAGCAACAUCUGGCCUCGGUAUAUCUCGAAGUGAGGGCUACUCCACUACCAGCACAUUGGGAAGCCAGGCUUUUGAUGGCAUUGCUGCGAUAAAUUCGCAGCAUCUUCGGGGGCAUCAACGCAAUAGGACAGAGAUCUCUGACAUAACGAAGAUGGAUCGGUCAUGCUUGGGAAGUGCUCUGAGUAACCAGACUGAAGGCGACUCUUGCCUACCUUCUGCACCUUAUUCCUCCGCCUCACCUCAGAUGCAUAACGAGUCUGCAUCCAGUGGUAAAGAGGGACUUAUGAUCCUUCCUUCACAGGCUCUUGAGCGAAGGGCCUCUACAGACUCCCUCGAUUCGACCUCGACAUUCGAAUCAGGCUCCUGGAACCCAGCCCCCACUGACGGGCCAGGGCCAGACCGACCCCUCCGCCGCGUCGCCAAGUUCAACUUAGAGACUGGCUCAUGUUCUCACACACCUAUGGCCCCUGUUCUCGAAGAUAUGAGGACCGAAGAAGCCCAGGGCCUGUACCCUCCGGAAAGCGUACAGUAUGGCGGUGUGGCAGAUGGCUGCCGAGUAUAUGACUUUGCAUAUCCCAAGGACUCAAGGGGAAAGCAUGUGCGUUUCGCCUCAAAGUCAGAUCAUGCCCCCAGCGUAAAUUAUAACUCGAGCUCUGAGUCUUGUGCAAGCACAAGGGCAGUGUGUGGCAGGAAGGCGCAUCAGAAUAAGGAUUGGAAGGACGAGAUAGACUGUGAACAGGAAGAUAGUGUUAAGGGGAUUGACCCAGCAUUGGGAAUGAGGCGUAAGCCCUUGCCGCGAGAAUUUGAAGUAAAGGCAUGCCAGUCUACAGCUGUCCACCACCCCGUCCCCCGACACCCGGAUAACAAGCAUGCAUACGCUGAGCGAUUCACCUCCUUUAUCGCCGCACUCUUCUCCGCAAAAGGAAGAGAAACAUCACAAGUGUUCUGGCUCCCUUUCGAAGUUUUGGAACAUUUUCUUAAGCAAAGACAAAAGGGAGGGAGGUGA